AAUAAUCAAAAUGUUUUCUAUAUAUCUUAUACCUUCGUCAGUUAUCUCGCUUUCGUCACUAUGAAUAUUCACAUUAGAAUUAUCGCUUAUUGAGGCUUCAUUAUCUCCAAUACCAUCAGUCUAAAUAUAAAAAAUCACCGCUUAAUUUCUAAAAACAGGAAAACAUGGAUUUGGCUCUCAAAAUUUUACAUACACUUACUGAAUUAGAAAAAUCUGAAAAAUCUGAAUCUUCGGUUAAAUCGUUGGCAAUUCGCAAUUGCGUUUUUCUGCUAAAUAAUUCAAAAUCUCGAACUCGUGGCAUUUUAAAGCAAAAGAUUACAAAUUGACUUUAUUAAUGCAAAUUGAAAUUUCAAAAAAAUUCGAUUCGAUUUAAUUUGACAUUGACUUGAUGAAAUUAGCGGCGAAACAAAGGCAGUUUGAUUUUUAAAAAACAUAUGUAAGUCUAUAUGUUACGUUGCCCUUGACAACGAAGUUUCGUGAACGAGAUUUGACAGCAUUGAAAUAUAGGCAGCUUCACUUUGACAUAAUGGAAACAAAAAUGUAUAUGCUCGUGCAAUGGGUAAAAAAGCCAAAUGAAGUGACAGUAAUGGAGGAAACUGAAAGCGCAAAAGAAAUAAAUGAGGGAGAAAUAUUUGAUAUUGACUAUCCGAAAAAAGGAGUUUUUAAAGCAACUCUUCUUCAAAGGAGUGAGUCAAAAGACUUUUUAGAAAAAAUGAGCAGAAAUGUAAAUAGAGACGGGACCACGACUGAACAGAAGAAAAAUAGAAAUGUCAGAAAAGUAAAAACUCAAUCCACGAAGGAGAAGGCUCAAUUAAAAUUAAAAACGAAGAUGAGAGAGCAAACAAAAUCAGUUUUAGAAAAAAAAAUUUCAUCACUGCACCCAAUUUGUGAGGAUGCAGAUAAGAAAACCGCUAAUAAAAGUGUGAGUGUGAAGAAUAAAGAAAAAUUAGAAUUAGAAAAUCAAAUGAAAAGGGACGAAGCUCAUUUAGCACUGAAGAGAAAAAAGAAUGUUAAGAUGAAUAAGACUGAUGAAAAACAAAUCUCCAAAAUGUUCUCAAUUGUAGAAUCUCCUUCAACAUCGAUAUUGCCUACAACUUCUGUGUUACGUUCAACUUCCAAAUCACCUUCAACUUCUGAAUCGCCUUCAUCAACUGAAUCACCUUUUACUAUUGAAUCGCCUUCAAUUAUUGAAUCGUCUUCAACUACUGAAUCGCCUUCAACUAUUGAAUCGCCUUCAACCACUGAAUCGCCUUCAACUACUGAAUCGCCUUCAACUACUGAAUUUAAUUUAACAUCGAAAUUGACCUCAAUUUCCGCAUUAAAUUCAACUUUCAAAUCGACUUCAAAUUCAAAAUCGUCAUUAAGCUUCAAAUUGCCCCAAAAAACAAAAUUAGUUUUAACUUCUACACCACCUUUAACGUCAAAAUUGUCCUCAACUUCCAAAUUACAUGCAACUUUAAAUUUAGCAUCAAACUCCAAAAAGUCUACAAAGUCAAAAUUUUCUUCCGAAUCAUCUACAACUUCCGAACAGCUAUCAAAUUCCGGUAAUACAAACGAAGAUUCUCAAAAUAAUACCACACAACAUGAGAAAUCAAUUAAUUUGCUCUUCGAUGAACUGAAAGCAAAAAUUACACCAGAAGUUAUCAAUUUUUGUGAGAUACUAUUAAAAUUUACUAAAAUGUCCUUAAAUCAAAAUGGUGAAGUAAUAUCUUCUAUAAUGGAAAAUUCCUUAAAGACAUCUAAUAUGACGCCAUUGUUUGAAGGAUCGGAUAUCCUUAUAAAUGAAAAUAAACUGUUUUUAAUGAAGCGAUAUAGACAUAAGCCAAGGGAAUUAACUCGUCAAUUAAUGUUGGAAUUAGUAGGACCUGAAAAAUUAAAAACUAUGACAGCGCUCGGAAAAACAGGAAAUGGAAUUCCCGAAAAUAUAAGAGCUAAUGUCUAUAAAUAUGUGCACGUUAGAAACAAACAUUUUACUGAGGUGGAAUUUAGAUCUGUCUUAAAUUAUCAAUGUGGAACUUUGAGAAAUCCUAAAGGUGGAAAAAAAGAUCAUUCAGAAAUAGAAAAGGUUAAUGAUAAUGAAAAAGAUAUAAAUAAAAAAACAAAUGAAAAAGAUAGUCACCGUGAAAAAAAUAGCGAAGAUGAAGUGAAUGAAGACGACAAUAGUUUUGCAGAGAAUGGUGAACAUUCCGAGACUACUAAUGAUGAUAACGAUAGCGAAGAAGAAUCAGAAAGUGAACUUGAUAAGAAUACUGAGAAUGAAGAGGAUGACAGUGAGCAUGAAAGUGAACAUGGAAAAAAUCUUGAAGAGCCAAAGAAGAAAAAAACAAAAUUUUUUUAAAUUACAUUACAAUUUUCAUUACUUUUUUUAA